CUAUAUCAGAGGCCAUUAUAAUAGGACCCGAAGGAGAAAUCUUUGAGGAUGCCCAGAAACCUCUCUUUUUAUUGGAGCCCGAGCAGAAGGAAGCUGGACAUCUAUGGGGGGCUCCUUAUAGUAAUGGUUUACAACCUUGUGUCAAACCUACUGUAAAAUAUAAAGCUACAGAUGGAUGGGAUAAGUACAUGACUGUUAAAAGUAACGGGGGUUUAAAUCAGAUGCGCACCGGUAUAGCUGAUAUGGUUGCUGUGGCGCAUAUGAUGAAUGCAACUAUGGUGAUCCCUCAGUUGGAUAAGCGUUCAUUCUGGCAGGAUUCGAGAUAUAUUUGAUGAAAACCAUUUCAUCGAAAUGUUACAAGGAGAUGUCAGAAUUAUUAGGACGCUUCCAAGAGAAUUAGAAUCUGUGCAUAGAGCAAGGAAGCACUUCACAUCCUGGUCCAGCAAGGGCUAUUAUACUGAGAUGAAGCAAUUAUGGAAGGAAAAUCAGGUCAUUCAUGUUGCUAAAUCCGAUUCUCGACUUGCAAACAAUGAUCUGCCUCUUGACAUUCAAAGACUAAGAUGUCGCGCUUUAUACCAUGCUCUCCGCUUUUCUCCUCCUAUUGAGAGCCUUGGAAAGAAGCUUGUGGAACGGUUGAGGUUACGAGCUUCAAGGUACAUUGCACUUCAUUUGCGGUACGAAAAGGAUAUGCUGUCUUUUACAGGCUGUACUUACGGCCUUGCUGAUAAAGAAGCUGAAGAACUUAGAGUAAUGAGACCACCAAGACAGUCAUCUGUUCAAAGUCCGAACAGCCUUGCUGUUCAGUUUGCUGCUGCAAUUUUCGAGGUUAGUUCUGGUUGUUUGUUUCAAUCUGUUCUCACGUGUUCAGAUUUUGGGUACUCAGAAGAGAUGAGGAUGAUGUCUGAGGACGGAAAGAUCAGGAUAGAGAAGUUUGAUGGGCACGAUUUUGGAUAGUGGAAGAUGCAAGUCGAGGACUUGCUAUGUUAGAAAGAUCUUCUUCCAUGUUUGACAGGUCAGAAUCCCGAGAAGAUGAAAGAUGAAGAACGGGCUGACUUGGAUAGAAAAGCCCUAGCCGUCAUUAGGUGCACUUUGACAAAGAGUGGCUUUCAACAUCGUGAAAGAGACUACUGCUCGUUUGGUUAUGACAACGUUGUCAAACAUGUAUGAGAAACCUUCCGCGUCUAAUAAAGUAUUCUUGAUUAG